ACCACCACCGCUUCGCCACCUCCCUCCCACCACCACCACCACCAAGCAACUCUAAGGCCAGGCAGAGAAGCCGAGAAGCAGGCGCCGCUGAUCCUUCCCUGCCGCCGAUCCCGUUGCUUCGUCGCCGCGAUCGUCUCCGCCCUGCGCUGCGCAGAUGGCGAACGCAGCAUCCGGGAUGGCCGUGGAUGACGAGUGCAAGCUCCGAUUCCUGGAGUUAAAGGCCAAGAGGACCCACCGCUUCAUCAUCUACAAGAUAGACGAGAAGAAGAAGAUGGUCGUGGUGGAGAAGGUCGGCGAACCCGUGCUGAACUACGACGACUUCGCUGCAACCCUCCCUGCGAAUGAGUGCAGAUACGCCAUCUUCGACUACGAUUUCGUGACCGAGGAGAACUGCCAGAAGAGCAAGAUUUUCUUCAUCGCAUGGUCUCCUGAUACCGCGCGCGUGAGGAGCAAGAUGAUCUAUGCGAGCUCCAAGGAGAGGUUCAAGCGGGAGCUGGAUGGCAUCCAGGUGGAGCUUCAGGCUACCGAUUCCGCUGAGGUUGGUCUUGACGUGAUCCAAGGCCGUGCAAACUGAGCAUGCCAAUAAUCAACUUCUUCUGCCUGAGUAUGAGCAUCAGAUGAGGACUGCAGUGCUCCCGUGAAACGAAGGUUAUGAGUGCUUGUCCUGUGCUACUCACGGGACUAUGUAAACUACAUCCAUUGCAUUGCAGCGAUAAAUCUAUCCCUUUCCGCUUGCUUGUUCAUCAUGUUCUCGGUAUCUUGGUUGUGCUUGCCAUGACCAACACAUUUUGAUGAUAGAAAUUCUAUUCACAAUGAGCUACUACAUACUGUAAUCUUGUGGUUUAUCAAAACCUGGUUGGAAGAUAUAAAACUGAAA